UGUACUAUAGUGUUACCAUAAUAUUACACGUUUACGUAUACCUACAUAAUAUUUUCAUAUUUGCGCGCACACAUUUUUUUCGUAUUUAAUUACGUAAUUGUUUUUUUAUACAAACAACAUGGACAACAUGGAAGACGUCGCAAAUAUUUCUACUCCCAUAAAAAAUCCAAGAGGAAAAUUCGUUGGCACUGCUCAAAAGAAAAUAAUUAUUAAUGUGUACAAGGAUAAAAUGAAACAACAGCUUGACAAUCCAGAGAUGCCCAAAUUGUCGUUCAGGGACCUUAUCGUGAGCAUUUCAAGAACCACUGGUAUUGGGCAACGUACAAUUCAAACUAUAUUGGGAGAGUACAAGAAGGAAGGUAUAGUGUCAUCGCCCAACAAAAGAAAAGUGAGACCUACGGUAAUUCAAAAAGUGGACGAAUUCGACAAAAAUGCCAUAAGACAAAAAAUUCACAAUUUUUGGAGAAACCGUGAGGUGCCAACAAUUCCAAAAAUGUUAAUUGCCAUCAAUGAAGACGACUCAUUACCGAAUCUGAAACGUACGUCUUUCCAAUUAAUAUUAAAAGAUUUACAAUUUGAGUACGUCAAGAAGAAUCGAAACAGUGCUCUUCUCGAAAGAGAAGAUUAAUAUCUUGGCGCCGAAAUUAUGUGUAUAAAAUAAGGCAUUACCGAACACAGAACAGGCCAAUAUAUUACUUAGAUGAGACGUGGGUCAAUGCAGGCGAGACGCAUAGCAGAACGUGGGUUGAUACAACAGUUGAAUCAACACGAGAUGCACACCUGAGAG